GCUUUUGUCUGAGUGAGGCAGGAGCUGCAGGAGCUACAGGAGCGUUUCGAGCAGGAGAGGGCAGGACACGCUGUCGGGCCGUGUCUAGAGAACAGACUGUGGGCAAGGGCAGAAGCAGGAGACCAGUUGGGGCGAUCGCGCAGUCCCCGCGAUGAUGGUGGCUUGGAUUGUGGGGUGGCAGUAGAAGUACAGAGACGGCGCCGGAUUCUGAGCAUCAUGAAGGGAGAGCCAACUGGAUUUGUCAUUGGAUUGGAUAUGGGCAGGAGAGAAGAGAGGAAUCAAGAAGGACUCUAAGUUUUGGUUUGAGCAACCAGAAAGAGAGAUUGGUCAUCUCCUGAGGGUUACACUAAGGACAUGGUGACAGACUUUGAUGAGAAACAUGAUGAGUAUUUAAUAUUACUUCAGCAGAGGAACCGGAUAUUAAAGCAUUUGAGAACCAAGGACCCCAUGCAGCUGAGACUGGAGCACUUGGAGCAGGGGUUCUCUGUCUACGUCAAUGGGGCCAAUUCUGAACUGAAGACGACGCCGCGGAAAGCCAUCCAUGCCGACUUCUCCAGAAGUGCCUCCCACGCUGAGGGCACACACGAUGGUGGACGAAGAACCCUGUUUCAAGAAGCUGAAGAAGCUUUAAGACGCAGUUCACGGACAGCUCCCAGCAAAGUCCAGCGCCGAGGAUGGCACCAGAAAUCCGUGCAGAUCAGAACAGAAGCGGGCCCGCGGCUCCACAUCGAACCUCCUCUAGACUAUUCUGAAGAUUUUGAGCCGUGUGAGGACGUGACUCUCAAGGCAAAAGAUGCUUCUGGGGAUCAUCCACAGGAGACCAAAUCUCCCAGCAGCACCACGCCCCGUGAUUUUAAUUUCUCCCUUCUGAAUGCACAUGGACACCCUGACCCUGCAAGCAGGACGGACAAAGAAAGGAUCCUCUUAACUAUUCAGGACGUAAUAGAGCUAAGAAAAAGCCUGGAACUUAGUGUAAAUGUACAAAGGAAACAAAAGGACUGUUGCAGUGAUGAAUAUGACUCUAUCGAAGAAGACGUACUCUCUGAGCCCGAACCUGAGGACCAUCCCGGAGAUGACCCCUCUCUUUCCAGUGGCAACUCAGCGCAGAAGGAUGUUCCUAAGAACCAGGAGACAGAAGGAUGCCCUCCCCAGGGCCUAGAUGCCCUUGUGGUACUGGAAUUUAACCCAGCUUCCAAAAGUAAUAAAAAGGAAAGGAAUUUGUCUGCUAAGCGGAAGGACAAUGCUGAGGUCUUCGUUCCCAGCAAACCUGAGCCAGUCGUGAAUCCCCAGCCCCCCAGCGUGUACCCAGGCCAGGAGAGGGCGUGCUCAAGAUCCGGAAGCCGACAAGAGAGACCCCUGUCAGCCACCCGAAAACCCGUGCACGAGGCUGAGGACCGAGAGGAAGAUGCCUCAGCCGUGCUCCGAGCCAUCCAGGUGGAGAAUGAAGCCCUGCAGAGGGCAAUCCUCAGCAGAAAGGCCGAGCCCCCUGCCAGCCCACCGCCAGUGCAGGACACGGAGGCACCACCAGCAAAAUCAUGGACCAGUCUGCUGAAGGAGAAGGAGGAGACCCCUGAGCUGCUUCCCAUUACCGUGGCAACCAGCACGCAGGAGCCGUCCAGGGCAGCAGGGGGAGCCAGAGCCGUCAGUGAAGCCAUGGACAGAAUCUGCCUUUUGGGAAGCAGACAACAGCAGAAGCUUCUGAAAGGCCUCCAGGCCGUCGAAAGUGACUCUGCCCAUCUCGGCCAGGUUGUUUCACCAACUGAGAAGCCAGUGCUGGACCCUGAGGACAAAUUGAGAAUGAAAGUAGAAGAGAUCAAAGAUGCCAUCUAUGUGACCAUGGAAAUCCUGUCCAACUGGGGCAAUGCGUCCUGGGUGGGUCUCACAGAAGUCGAGUUCUUUGACCUGAACCACACAAAGCUUUAUGUGUCACCUCAUGACGUGGAUAUCCGGAACACGGACGCACCCGGGGACCUGGGCCACCUGGUCAAUAGGAACUUAGCUAGCAAGAAAGACCCCUCCUUGUGGACGUGCCCCUUCCACCCACCACUCCAGCUCUUCUUUGUUAUCCGCAACACGAGACAGCUGCAUGACUUUGGUCUAGCCAAGAUCAAGGUUUGGAAUUACUGGACGGCUGACGGUGAUCUUGACAUUGGUGCCAAGAACAUGAAGCUUUAUGUCAACAAAAAUCUCGUCUUUGAUGGCAAAUUAGACAAAGGAGGUGGAGAGGGCCCGGCUGACCAGAGCAUCCUGGUUGGCCUGAAGAAUGAGAAGAAUGAAAGAAUAGAGAAGACCGUUGAUGCCCAGUCAGAAGAAAGCAAAGAGGCCCACAAGAUGGCUGGCAGGGACGAGGACAAGGAGCUUAGUGUUGGUCACUCACUACCAGCUGGAGCAGUAGUGGAUGCGAAAGUUUCCUCACAAGGAACUCUACUUGGUGAAAGGAUGAACUCUCCCGAUUGCAUGAACAACAGUUUGUCCAAGUCAAAGGAACAUUUCAGCUUGUUAGCAGCCCCAGCCUCGAUGGGCGGCGUGCCCGGUGCCCCUCCCCUCUCCCCACCUGAGGAAUGCCCUCCUCUGGACCAGGAGCUCUUGCUGAUCCAACAGCUGGAAAACCUCAGGGGCAGAAAAGUCUCUGAGCCGCCAGGGAAAACCCCACCCUGGUUACAUCCUUCUCCCACAGGGAGAGGCAGGAAGCCCAAACCCCUCUGGCUGAGUCCCGAGAAGCCGCUGGACUGGAGAGGCAGGCUUUCCUCAGAUGACUUCAUUGGUGAGGGUCCUGGGGAGAUGGAGGCUGGGGAUAAAGGCCCCAGGCGUGAGCCAAGGAGAGCGAGCAGCUGGAAUGUCAUCGCUGACACGAGAGCCCAGAGAGUGACCCGCAAAGUCUGCGAUGAUGACUUCGACAUCUUCAGCCAGCCCUCCAACAGGGAGCGCCCUGCUAGUGGGAGGAGGGGCCUGAGGAAGGGCGCCCUCAGCAGCAGCCCUGGGGACGGCCUGCCAGCCAGCAGAGAAGAUGCCUGGUCCACCAGGAUGCCACCCCGGACCCCGUGGUGCAGUGAGCAGGAGCACACACUGCAUGAGUCAUGGGACUCCCUCAAUGCCUUUGACCGCUCCCACCGGGGACGCAUCUCCAACAUGGAGUUCCAGGGGGACAUCCUGGAUGAGUUCCUGCAGCAGCAGAAGAGCAGCCGGCACAGUGACCAGCCGCUCCCCUGGAAGGAGAAGCUGGAGCCCAUGAAAGGGCAGGACAGCUGCUUCCUAGAGAUUGAUGACGCGAGCGACUUUAAAAUCCCUGUCUUGCCUUAUGGACAGCACUUGGUCAUUGACAUCAAGUCUACGUGGGGGGACAGGCACUAUGUUGGCCUUAACGGAAUAGAAAUAUUCAGUUCCAAGGGAGAGCCAGUGCAAAUUGCAAACAUUCAGGCAGACCCCCCUGACAUCAAUAUUUUACCAGCCUACGGGAAAGACCCCCGUGUGAUCACCAACCUCAUAGACGGGGUGAACAGGACCCAGGACGACAUGCACGUCUGGCUGGCCCCCUUCACGCCGGGGAAGUCCCACUCCAUCUCCAUCGACUUCACGCACCCUUGCCAAGUCGCCCUGAUCAGGAUUUGGAAUUACAAUAAAUCACGGAUACAUUCCUUCCGCGGCGUGAAGGACAUCACGAUGCUGUUAGACGUGCAGUGCAUCUUUAAAGGAGAAAUUGCCAAGGCCUCGGGAACCCUGACAGGAGCCCCAGAGCACUUUGGAGACACAAUCUUGUUCACGACUGAUGAAGACAUUCUCGAGGCCAUCUUCUGUUCUGAUGAGACCUUUGACGUGGACGUGGAGGGCCUCUGCGGCCCGCAGUGCGAGGAGGCGCUGAGGAGGCCCAGCACGGCCGACGGCGACGGGGAGGAGAGGCCCUACACCCAGGCCGGCUCGGGGGCUGCUGACCGGGUCCUGGAGCUAGAGCUGCCACCCAGUACCCCCGUUCCUGAAGUCACUACUCCGGAGCCAGGCAUCUACCAUGGGAUCUGCCUUCAGCUGAACUUCACUGCCUCCUGGGGGGACCUGCACUACCUGGGGCUCACAGGCCUGGAGGUGGUGGGCAAGGACGGCCAGGCCCUGCCCAUCAGCCUGCACCAGAUCUCCGCCUCUCCCAGAGACUUAAAUGACCUCCCCGAGUACACCGAUGAUUCCCGGACCCUGGACAAGUUAAUCGAUGGAGCCAACAUCACGAUGGAGGAUGAGCAUAUGUGGCUGAUCCCCUUCUCGCCGGGGCUGGACCACCUGGUCACGAUCCACUUCAACAAAGCCGAGAGCAUCGCGGGCCUGCGCUUCUGGAACUACAAUAAAUCUCCUGAGGACACCUAUCGAGGGGCCAAAAUCGUCCACGUCUCCCUGGACGGCUUGUGCGUCUCCCCUCCCGAGGGCUUCCUCAUCCGGAAGGGGCCGGGCAACUGCCACUUUGAUUUUGCUCAAGAAAUCCUCUUUGUGGACUACCUCCAGGCUCGACUGCCUCCCCAGCCGGCCCGGAGGCUCGACACAAAAAGCCUGGAGCGGGCGAGCAUGGACUACGAGGCGCCGCUGAUGCCGUGUGGCUUCAUUUUCCAGUUUCAGCUCCUGACCAGCUGGGGUGACCCCUAUUACAUCGGUCUCACUGGCCUGGAGCUGUACGACGAGCACGGAGAGAAGAUCCCCCUGUCGGAAAACAAUAUCGCCGCCUUCCCCGACAGUGUGAACUCCCUGGAGGGUGUGUGUGGGGACAUCCGGACCCCUGACAAGCUCAUCGACCAAGUGAACGACACCAGUGACGGCAGACACAUGUGGCUGGCUCCCAUCCUGCCGGGCCUGGUGAACCGGGUUUAUGUGAUUUUUGAUCUGCCUACCACCGUGUCAAUGAUCAAACUGUGGAAUUAUGCGAAAACACCCCAUCGAGGGGUGAAGGAGUUUGGCCUGCUGGUGGACGACUUGCUCGUGUACAACGGGAUCCUAGCCAUGGUGGGCCACCUGGUCGGGGGCAUCCUGCCCACGUGUGAGCCCACAGUGCCCUACCACACUAUCCUCUUCACCGAGGACGCGGACAUCUGUCACCAAGAGAAACACACCACCACCAGUCAUCACGUGGAGGACCAGGAUGUCCAGAUGAUGAAUGAAAACCAAGUCCUUACCAACUCAAAAAGGAAGCAGAGUGCGGUGGACCCAGCCUUACGCCCCAAAACCUGCAUAAGUGAGAAGGAGACGGCAAGACGGUGGCGGUGCUGAUGGGCUGAGGCAGGAGAGCUGGUCCUCUCAUCCAGCAGGGGAACCUGUCACUGGCCCCCACUCAGUACCCGUGUCCCCCGCUGCAUCCUCAGUGUCAGCCAGCUGGAACCCCAGGGGCUGGAAGAGAGCUGCGGCCAGGACGGGGGCCCACUGGGGAAAAGGGACUCGAGGGGUGGACGGCCCUGGAAAUGGCAGCAGUUACAACAGGAGGAGGAAGGAGCUGCUGCUGCAGAGUGUGUGUGGCCUUCGCCUCCCCCACAGCGACCCCGGGGACACCUGGCUUGGUGCCUCUCCUGUAAGAUCCAGCAGAGCGGGGCCCAUGUCCACUCAGGCCUGUUGUGGGACGCCUGGGCUGGGCCUGACUGGGGCCAGGACAGUGAAGGGAACUGGGGAGGCCUCCUUUCCAGCCUUGUCAGGGCCCUGAGUAUGGCUGAGCAGGACAGAGGGGACCAGGCCUCCAACACCGACAUGCGUGGGAUGUGCCAGGAGGCUCUGCCUUCAGAGGCCAAAGCUGAGGCGCCAACAACUCCCCCCGCCACACACACACCCCUGCCUCAUUUGGGGGCUGGCACAGUGGCUGAGAGAGUGGGAUUGUUCUGUGGACCCCGGAAAUGUCUAGCCAGGACUGCUAUAAGGCCCUCACUCAUCCCGGGUCCCACCCAGGCCCAGUUGAGAAGGAGGGAUGCCUUGGGGGAUCUGGCCCUGCAGGGGCCUCUGUCCUCUUCUCAGGCCUGAGAAGGGGUUGGCUGAUGGCAUGGGUCCUGCUGAGGGAAGGAGGGGAGCUGUACCCCCGCCAUCCAGAUCUGGGCCCUCAGGAUGGGGCCCAACAGGAUGGGCAGGCGGGCAGCUCAGAGCCCACAGGGCAGUGGGGCCCCUCCAGAUGCCCUCUGGAUGCAGGGCAGGGGGGCCGAGGACCAGUGCCACAGACCACCCUCCAGCCUAGAGGCCACCUCCCUUGCCCUUGAGCUUUGUCUGGAGGGCGGGGCCGCUCUUUUAUGAUCUGAUCCAGGCUUUUCUUGCUCGCUUCUUCCUUCCUGUUCACGCCUGUGCCCUUGGAGUCAGGCGAUGGGGUUCUUGUUAUCGGGACCCCGCCCCUCCGCCCUCUUCCAGCAGCUUCCCAGCGAGUUGGAAAUGUGCCUCGCACCCCAGCUGAGUGAAGACCAGAGCGCAUCUAUUUCCAUCAAUGUAACAAGCUCGGAUCAGGGACCUAAUUGGUUUCCCAGUGGUGGGUAAUUUCUCCUUCCCAAUAUUAAUCCGUUGUUUUCCUGGCGCCCAGCCCGGCCCGCCGCGGUACUGUACUCGACGUACGUUCCUAUGCAACCGAGAGCCCCAGCAAAUACUUUACGAGCUUUGCAGCUUCAGCUCGAGCAGCUAUGCAAAUGCACUUUUCAUUUGGAGCGCUGGGCCAACGUGAAGAUAAGAACUGUUUCUCCCGGAGAAGAUCCAUCAUUUCUGUAGCUUCCAAGCCCCCUGCUUCUCUGCCCACCUCCCACGUGUGGCGAGCGCCUCAGGGCUUUUGACUCCCAGGAGAGCUGACUCCUGGGGGAGCUGGGGGCUGAUCAGACCAGCUCUUAGGGACCAAAACCGGUGCCACUGCUUCCGAGGGAGCCCCGCUCUCCCUUCCCACCCAGGCUCGGGCACAGGUCAGGUUUGUCAGGAGAUUGUGCGAACACGGCUCCCAGAAUCUCCAUGGAUGUUUGUCAUUACUGUAUGCACCGUGCAAUUUAGGAGGGAAGAAAGGCCGUGUAGACAUUAACUCUAAAAUAAAUUCCUAUUUUCUUCUCUUGCAAAA